UUCAAUACUUUAAAUCUUCUAAUAACGUUUUUCCUUGAAGAAGGAAAAAUAUCCCUAAAGGAUUUUUUAAUAAUAUUUUGAUAUAAUAUUUAAAACGGACCAAAGUGUCCAAAUAUUUAAUUAUUUUUUGUAACGGUGCGCCUCUAUAUCGAGGAUCAAAUUUAAGCUGGCUUCUGCUUCGGACAAAGAGGAAUCGAAUUCUCGGGUCCAUAGCUCAUUUGCUCCACACAAUAACUCCGGUGACGCAGCAAAAAUGGGUCGGAAAAAAAUUCAAAUUUCUCGUAUAAACGAUGAACGGAAUCGACAGGUUACGUUUACUAAAAGAAAGUUUGGAUUAAUGAAGAAAGCAUAUGAACUCAGUAUUUUGUGUGAGUGCGAAAUCGCACUAAUAAUUUUUAAUUCAUCAAACAAACUAUUUCAGUAUGCAAGCACUGAUAUGGAUAAAAUUUUACUUAAAUAUACAGAGUAUAAUGAACCACAUGAGAGCCGAACUAACAAUGAUAUUCAUGAGACUAUAUCCAGAAAAGAACACAAGCAAACAGGUUCUCCUGAUGAUGGAGAAACAGCCAGUUUUGUUUUAACUCCUCGUACAGAGAUGAAGUAUCAAAAAAUAAAUGAGGAGUUUGAAAUGAUGAUGAAGAAGUCAAAUGGGAGUGGAAGUGAAUCUCCCUCCUCGCUACCUCUACCUAGUUAUAGAAGUCAAUCUCAACAGCAAACCUAUAGUCAUAGAAGUCAAUGUCAAGAUCAAUCUAUACCAAGACUUCAAAUGACACCAUCAGGAAGUUAUUCCCAACAAAUGCAUUUAUUACCUUCACCUAAUGAAGAAAGUCCUAUGUCUAAAGAUCCACGUUCGAAUACACCACUAAACAGAGAUGAGCGAGUUUCUCCUAGUCCUCAUAACACUUUUCACCACUCUAUGAGUCCACCGCCGUCAAUUCUUCAAUCCUGCAGUCCCCAUAAUUCACACUUGUCUUCACAAAAAAUAAAUAAUACUAGAAGUGACAUUAAUAGUGGAAAAAAUACAGCAAUAUCAAGUUCAAGACCACAGAAAAGUCAUACUCCUAAUCAGCAACUAAUGCACAUGUCUGGUAAUGGUUCUUUGAUGUCAAGUUCAGCAUCUCUUGCCACACCAAAUUAUCAAUCGAUGUCUUCAACAUUUCCUUCUGGAAUUUCGUCAAACUAUUCUGCACCAUAUAGUGAAAUAGAUUCAUUGCAGUACCAAAGUCCUUCUAUGUCUAAUUCGUUAUCUAUGGUUCAUCAACAAGAAAUGGCAAAUUCAAUGCAAAGGUCGAUUCCCAUGCAUAAUAAAAAUGUUAAGGCUGAGCCUCUCGAACAUUUACGCGUUUCAUCGCCAUCGUUAAUGCAAUCUUAUCCGCAAUACCCGCGCCAUAAACAAUUGAUGGAAUCUAGUAAUGUUACACAAGAUUCACUAUAUAUUAAAAGGCCUCGAAUUGAAAUGCACAGUGAUGGCUGGCAAUAAUAUUUAAAGUGAGGAAGUUCCUCGUUAUCUAAAGUGGUUUCCAGAAAUUUUUUUUCAAUUUCUGAAUAACACAUGGCGCAUUCUAAAUACUAGAUUACUGUUUUCUAAUCUGGCGUAUAAGAACUAUGGUAACCAAAAAAACAAAAUAGUUUUAUGAUUGAAAUCGCGCAAUGUAGCAAUGUAAUAUUUCAUAAAGAUAUAUAUAUAUAUAUAUAUAUAUAUAUAUAUAUAUAUAUAUAUAUAUAUAUAUAUAUAUAUAUAUAUAUAUAUAUAUAUUAACGUAGCAACAACAGAUAUACAUUUACUGAUUGAUUCAAUAACGUAUAUUUAAAGUUGCAUCUUUUCCUCUCGAAUUUUUUUAGCAUUCUUUUUGUUAAUAAUUCUGUUUUAUACUAGCUUCAUGUACCGUACUAUGUAUUAAAUGGAUUUGUAUAUAGAA